AAUCAGUCACCUGAGCGCUGAGGGGCCGCGGCAAGGGCGCGCGCUGGCGGGCGGGCGGGGAGAGGCGGAGGCGGCGAGAGCGGCGGCCCGGAGGAAAUCGGGAGGGGGAGGGAAAGAAAGGCCGAGACAGAAGGAGCGUGAGGCGGCCGAGGGGCUGGUCCAGGCGCGGCCGCUAAGAGGAGACCAAGAGGCGGGGGCUGCACUUGACAACCAGCAUGCGGAGAUGUCAGAAGAGGCAGAAGUGGAUGUGAGAGAAAGAGAGACACAGAGAGACAGAGAGCCAAAGAGGGCAAGAGACUUGACUUUAAGAGACUCCUGUACUGACAACUCCAUGCAGUUCGGAACCAGAGCGACUCCAGCUGAACCAGGGUUCAUGGGAACAUGGCAAAACGCUGAUACUAACCUCUUAUUCAGAAUGUCCCAACAGGUCCCAGUGGCAUGUGCUGGCAGAGUGCUGGGUGCAGACUUCUGCCCAAACCUGGAGGAGCCAGACCAGAGGCUGGAAGUCCAGGCCAUCCGCUGCACACUGGUGAACUGCACAUGUGAGUGUUUCCAGCCGGGGAAGAUUAACCUGAGGACUUGCGAUCAGUGUAAACAUGGCUGGGUGGCACACGCCUUGGAUAAGCUCAGCACACAGCACCUGUACCACCCCACCCAGGUGGAGAUCGUGCAGUCCAAUGUGGUGUUCGACAUCAGCAGUCUGAUGCUCUACGGCACGCAGGCAGUGCCCGUGCGGCUCAAGAUCCUACUGGACCGUCUCUUCAGCGUCCUGAAGCAAGAGGAGGUGCUCCACAUCCUGCAUGGCCUGGGCUGGACGCUGCGCGACUACGUCCGGGGGUACAUCCUUCAGGAUGCUGCCGGCAAGGUGCUGGACCGCUGGGCCAUCAUGUCUCGAGAAGAGGAAAUCAUCACCCUUCAGCAGUUUCUGCGGUUCGGAGAAACCAAAUCCAUCGUGGAGCUGAUGGCGAUUCAGGAGAAAGAAGGGCAGGCCGUAGCUGUACCAUCUUCAAAGACAGACUCAGACAUCAGAACUUUCAUUGAGAGCAAUAAUCGCACCAGGAGUCCUAGCCUCCUCGCCCAUCUAGAGAACAGCAACCCUUCCAGCAUUCAUCACUUUGAAAACAUCCCCAACAGCCUUGCCUUCCUACUGCCAUUCCAGUACAUAAACCCGGUCUCAGCCCCGCUGCUAGGAUUGCCUCCAAACGGGCUGCUGUUAGAACAACCAGGACUGAGGCUGCGGGAGCCCAGCCUUUCGACCCAGAAUGAAUAUAAUGAGAGCAGUGAGUCUGAAGUCUCCCCCACGCCCUAUAAGAACGAUCAAACGCCCAAUAGAAAUGCCCUGACCAGCAUCACUAACGUGGAGCCCAAAACCGAGCCAGCCUGCGUGUCCCCCAUUCAGAAUUCCGCCCCAGUUAGUGAUCUGUCCAAAACUGAACACCCGAAGAGCUCAUUCCGGAUCCACCGGAUGAGAAGGAUGGGGUCAGCCUCCCGGAAGGGAAGAGUGUUCUGUAACGCGUGUGGGAAGACGUUCUAUGAUAAAGGUACUCUCAAAAUCCAUUAUAACGCCGUUCACCUGAAGAUCAAACAUCGGUGCACCAUUGAAGGCUGCAAUAUGGUCUUUAGCUCCCUCCGCAGCCGGAACCGCCACAGUGCGAACCCUAACCCUCGCCUUCACAUGCCUAUGCUAAGGAACAACCGAGACAAAGAUUUAAUCCGGGCCACGUCCGGGGCCGCCACCCCCGUCAUAGCAAGUACAAAAUCAAAUCUCACACUCACGAGCCCUGGCCGGCCCCCAAUGGGUUUUACCACUCCCCCACUAGACCCCGUGUUGCAGAACCCUCUCCCUAGCCAGCUGGUGUUCUCUGGACUAAAGACUGUCCAACCAGUUCCUCCAUUUUAUAGAAGUUUACUCACUCCAGGGGAAAUGGUGAGUCCUCCGACCUCCCUCCCGACCAGUCCUAUCAUUCCAACCAGUGGUACCAUAGAGCAGCACCCCCCACCCUCCUCUGAGCCAGCAGCGCCAGUAGUGAUGAUGGCCACUCAUGAGCCCAGUGCCGACCUGGCGCCCAAGAAGAAGCCCAGGAAGUCCAGCAUGCCUGUGAAGAUCGAGAAGGAAAUUAUCGACACCGCCGAUGAGUUUGACGAUGAUGAUGACGACCCCAACGACAGCGGGGCCGUGGUCAACGAUGGGGGCCAUGACAAUCACUGCCACUCCCAGGAGGAGAUGAGUCCAGGCAUGUCGGUGAAGGACUUUUCUAAGCAUAGCAGGACCCGGUGCAUUUCAAGGACAGAAAUAAGAAGGGCUGACAGCAUGACUUCUGAGGACCAAGAACCUGAGCGGGACUAUGAGAAUGAGUCUGAGUCUUCGGAGCCCAAACUCGGUGAGGAAUCCAUGGAGGGGGAUGAGCACAUGCAUGGUGAGGUGAGCGAGAAAGUCCUGAUGAGCAGUGAGAGGCCGGACGAGAACCACAGUGAGCCCUCUCACCAGGAUGUCAUCAAGGUGAAGGAGGAGUUUACAGAUCCCACUUACGACAUGUUUUACAUGAGCCAGUAUGGACUGUACAAUGGCGGGGGUGCCAGCAUGGCAGCCCUGCAUGAGAGUUUUACAUCGUCUCUGAAUUACGGCAGCCCUCAGAAGUUCUCCCCAGAAGGGGACCUGUGUUCUAGCCCAGACCCUAAAAUCUGUUAUGUGUGCAAGAAGAGUUUCAAAAGCUCCUACAGCGUGAAGCUUCACUACAGAAAUGUUCACUUGAAAGAGAUGCAUGUCUGCACGGUGGCUGGCUGCAACGCUGCCUUCCCCUCUCGCCGAAGCAGAGACAGACACAGUGCCAACAUAAAUCUGCAUCGUAAACUGUUGACCAAAGAACUCGAUGACAUGGGCCUGGACUCAUCACAGCCCUCCCUUAGCAAGGACCUCCGGGAUGAAUUUUUGAUGAAGAUCUAUGGUGCCCAGCACCCCCUGGGGCUCGACAUCAGGGAAGACGCCUCCUCUCCCGCGGGGACGGAAGACUCCCACCUGAACGGGUAUGGGAGGGGCAUGGCGGAGGACUACAUGGUCCUGGACCUGAGCACCACCUCCAGCCUCCAGUCCAGCAGCAGCAUCCAUUCCUCCAGAGAAUCCGAUGCCGGCAGCGAUGAGGGGAUUCUCCUGGACGACAUUGACGGGGCGAGUGACAGCGGGGAGUCGGCGCACAAGGCUGAGGCCCCCACCCUCCCUGGCGGCCUCGGGGCUGACGUUUCAGGGUCUCUGAUGUUCCACAGCUUGUCCGGGAGCACUGGUGGGAUCAUGUGUAACAUUUGCCACAAGAUGUACAGCAACAAGGGGACGCUGAGGGUGCACUACAAAACCGUGCAUCUGCGAGAGAUGCACAAGUGCAAAGUCCCCGGUUGCAAUAUGAUGUUUUCCUCUGUGCGAAGCCGGAAUCGGCACAGUCAGAACCCUAACCUCCACAAAAACAUUCCCUUCACUGCAGUAGAUUAGCCUCAGAACGGACACUACAAAUGCCAGCUCUCACCAGACGGCCUAUGUAUCUGAACUGCCAUAGUCGGUGUGUGCUUGUGUACUUGGGGGAGGGUGUGUGUGUGUGUACACACACGUAUACCUGUGUCUACACACACACACACACACACACUUUCUUUUCUUUAGAUUAUAAGAAGAUAAACACUAGGUGCUUUUGAAAUUUUUUGUCUUUUUCCUUUAUAGUUUUGAGAAAGAAGUCAGAUCUUUAAUUUAGAGGUGAAACAAAGUACCCUUUAAAUACACAUGCACACACACAUAAAAGCGUGCAACUAGCCCAAACUUUGACAGAAUAACAAUUUUUGGUCCUCUCCAAAGAGACGAUUUGUUGUACCUAUGACUAUUGCCUGCAAAGAGAUAAAGGGGGGGAAAACACAAAAAAGGAACUUCUUAUAGUUGUCUUUUGUGAACUUUAAGGUUUUGAGAGAAUCUUCAUUUAGAGCAUGGCAGAUUCACCUGUAAAUAUUUAGCCUUCAGAGGCCAAUGAUGUAAAACAAUUGUAUUGAUGGUUGUUUAACUCCUUUGUUUAAUUUUUACAGUUACAUCCAGCUGUUAGAUAUACAGGAAAAAAAUAGUUUGCUGGCUAGCUCUAUUCAUUUAUGUUAGCAUUAAUGCACAUUUUUUAAGGAAAAAAAAACAUGGUCUUGUUUUUACUACCUGCUAGAUAUAGUGAUAAAGAGGUGCUGGCAUGCCUUACAGCACAGAUCUGAUUUUUUAAAAUGUCCUGUACUAGUACAUAAAUCCAGUCAUGCACUUUUUUUCAUACACUACAAGGGGAUGUGUAAUAUCCAUGCUUCUUUUUUAUCCUUAAACUAUUGCCAUACUUCAAGUAAGUGUCUUUUUUAAAAAAUUCACUUGUAUAAAAAUGGUCUGGUCAGUAUAGGGCACAAAUGCCAAACAAAAGUAUUAGUGUUAACACAAAACUGCCAACUUUGCACAAGUUUCCAGAAAAGAAAAUACAAUUAGUCACUCAACAUAACCACAGGCCAAUUUGUCGGCCACCAGAAAACCGCUUUAAAAAAAAAACACUUGGUGAUGCUUUCAAGUGCCGAAUGUUAUUAUAAUCAACAUCGUAUCCUUCUUGCUUAUAUGUUAAGUUACAUAAAAGGAAAACAAAGUGAUGCGUGUGAAACAGCCAAGGCAUUUAUUCUUUAGAGGCAGGAUAAUAUUUCAGGAUACAAAAGCCCAGAUUACUCACUAUGGAGCAAAGCUGAAUACAGUGAGAGCUGAAUGUUCAUGCACAAGGACCUGACCCUUCUCCAUUAAAAAGAAGGAAAAGUCUGAACUGAGCGGGUCUGUUAUGUGGUUGUGUAAUUUGUCACAAGUACUGCAGUAGUACUAUGAUUCAGGCUGCUUUGAUAGACAAAAUCAAAAGACAUUUAAUAGUAGAGGCAGCAGGACUUGGAAGCUUUGCAAACAUGUGCUGAACUUGAACUAAGCAAUACUCCUUUCUGAGCAGCCAGAAGAAGGGGGUUUAAAAUAGGAUCUCUCACCGUUUAGUGUUUUGCGUUUCCCCACGCGAUUUGUCAGAGAGAAAUGAAAGCAAGCCUGAAACCAAGCAAUCGAGAGUGAGAAAGAGCAGGGAGAGGAUUCUCCAAACCUUUUUUGUUUUGUUUUAUUUUGUUUCCGAUGUUUACACAUGUUGCCUGAGCUGGUUAACCACAUCGGCAGCCUCAGCUACCACAACAUACUGACUAAAUGAUGAUAUUUACUCAGAUUCAAUCUGCAGCCAAAACCAUUAGGGUGUGCAUUGCAGACAGUGUUUUGUUGUCUUUUUUUUUUUUUUUUUUUUAAGUGGAGGGGGAAAAAGAUAAACAAGGCAUAUUUUGUUGAACAGGACACAAUAAUUUAAAGAGAAUGUAUUUCUUUUCUGCAUUUAAGGGCCUCAAACAUUUCUUUCAUCAGUCUAAAAGUUAGAAAUACUCCCUUUGUCUUAACUUUCUAAUGGCAUUUCCAUUUUUCAUAUAUUUAGUAAUUAUUUUUUUCUAGGUUCACAUCAGCAUUCACUUCCGUUAAAUUUGCCAAAGGAAACUGUUAAUAUGUUUCUCUUGUUAUUAUUCCUGUAGGAUUUAUUGUACCUCAGUAUUUAUUGUUUCCAAAAAUAAGCAUCAUUAGUUGAGGCUUCAGUAUUUGUGUGUGAAAAUUUCAGAAACAAUGGAAUCUUAAGAUAAGCUAGAUGUGUCUAGCAGCUUUAUCUUUUCAUCUCCUUCAGAGGAUGCUAUGGGGUUCAUUUAAUUUUUCAUUUGUUCUACAGUGAGGAGAGACCAAAAGUAUUUGCAGUACAAAAGAAACUAUAUCAAACACUAUGUUUUAAUGACAAAUGUUUACGGUAAAAAAGCUGAGGAAUUAGUGCUAACCGUUUUUGUUUUUCUUGUACCUUUGAAUUCCCCAAAGUCUUAAUUGCUUUAUUUCAGUGUUGUUAAACUGAAUAGACAGAGAUGUUUUCCUUUGUUUUAUACCAUAUAAGACUCUGUACAGUAUGUUUGUGGAAGAUUGAACUAGAAUAAUGAAAAUUUGUUUGCAAACAUUUUGGUCCUCUUAGCCUUCUCUGUGUUGCGCUAUUGCCCCAUUAACCAAAUGGUUUGAUUCCAGAAGAGUGGAAAAAUAUUUUGUUGGUAUCCCAGCAAAAGAUUAUAGAAACGCUAGCUUUACAAGUGUACAUAGACCAAAUGACACUUUUAUGAAAUAACACAUUUUCAGCGAUUUUUAACAAUUACACUCUCAGUUGAGAUAUUAGAACUCAGCUUGUACAAAAUCAGUGCUUAGUCUGUUUAAUGUCAACUGAAAGGGCAAAGAGCCCUAAUGAGUGAAUUACAUAGCUGUCAGCAGGUCACAACAAAGGAACCAGGCUUAGAACAAGUGUUUGUUACUCGCCACAAACCAGGCUGAUGUGGAUAGCCAGUUAGAAUAAGCCCAGAAGUAACAAGAUUCUGAAGCAGAAUUUCCAUUGCUCAGAAGCAUGAAUGUGUUCACCUGCCUUUUGUUGGAGAAAUGACCAUGAGUCCUGGACAACCUGCCCUUUUUAAGUCUCUCCUCUCUUUGCUACUAGUUUUGUGCCUCAAGUGCCCACAUGUUAUGGUGGCCUUUUAAGUGGGUGUAUAAUAUUUUGCAGUUUAAAGCCUAAUUGCUUAAAAGGGACAGGGGGAGUGGACAGAAGCGGACCAUAAGAUGUAGAAUCAUGAAAACGUACAUUUCUUCUAGUCCUAGAGUGUUGCUUGCUCUUGGGUGUGUGCCUGAGUGCAGUGUUUUGACUUAACUCUAAAUCCAGUUAAGAUGGUGACCCCAAGGCUUAUCUGCAAAUGGAAAGGAUGGUGUGAUCACCAUUUUAACCACUGAGCCCUUCCUCUCUGUCCGUUCAUGCUCAUUUCUUUUUUCAGAGGAGUGUUCUGUUGCGACACAGGCUCUGUCCAGCUGCAUCCAUGCUAGGGCAGCUGAAAAAGGAAUAGGAUGCAGCGUUUCAUCCAAGCAACCUUUUUCCCCCAUUUGAUUCAUUUUAACCAGCAUUCUGUCACAGGUACAAAACUGGGCAGUAUUACUAACAUGCAUGUUUGCUAGGUGGUAUUGAAACGUUCUGUUUUGAUCAUUUUCAGCUAUAUGUUUGUAAGGAUCAGAAAGGCUUAGUCUCCUUUAAGGAUUGUCUGUGUGUUGUGGAAGGGGAUGACCCGGAGCAAGAAUAACAAGAGAUAAUAAAUAAUUUGGUGUUCAAAAUGUGAUAAAAAGCAUGACAUUCUUCGUCUGCUAUUAAUUGUAUAGAAAUAAGUCUGUGCAUCUCAGAUCUUAGUCCAGGCUGAUGCCUUUUAAAGCUGGCAAAUAUCUCUUUUGAAAUUGUUUUUAGCACAAUGGCACCACUGUCCUUAUAGUGUAAUUUCUUUGGUCAUGAAUUCCCAGGCCCUUCCAGUAGGAGGAGAAAGGCACAUAACUGGUUAAUAGCCUGUUAGUGUGUGUGUGUAUAUAUAAUAUAUACAUAUAUUAUAUGUAUAUAUUGCUAUUUUUUAGAAAAAGGCAAGCUUUGACUAUAUCAAGAAGGGGCUGUUGCAGAGGCAUUCUCCUCAUUUUACUCAGGGGAAACCAUGCACUAGGUUCCCACCAAAUAAAAAGUGACCUUUUGUUCCUUUUCCUCUGUACACACCCCUCAUGUGUGCCAAGCAAAUGAGAACAGAGGCCCUUGGGAAUUAAAACAGAAAGAAGCCAGUAACCAGAUAGAGAUGGACAUGCUGCUAACUGCCAGCCGUUGACCUGAGCAGUCCUAACUUGCACUUGGUCUUUAGUGUUGGGCUAGAUCGACUAAGUAAAUAAGUGUCAACUGUCAUAAGACAUGCUACAUCUACUGUCAUAUGAAACAAAUCAGCCAGAAGAUACUUUCUUUGAUCUUAUGGACACGCUCCUUCUCUUGAGCUUUGCAAAAAUUAUGACAAAUUUUGAGGUUUAAGAAAAUCACUUACAUUUCACCCAGACUUGGAAUAUUUAGAGGAGUUUGCUUCUCCUUCUCAUUCUCUGUGUUUCUAAUGGGAGGGGUUGAAAUAAGUAUGGAGGGCAUUCAGAGACGGGUGCCACAGAGACUGGAGGGAAUCACAGUUUUUUACAGUGAAGUGAGGGGUGUUAAGUAGAGGACUCGUGCCUGUCCUGGUUUGAAGAUAACUAGAAAAGAAAAUGGUGAACACGCUGAAAGGAGGCAGUCAAGAGGAACGUCCGGUGCAACUCAGCCUAGCAGUGGGUGGGAGCGGAUCCAUGCAGUGCAUCGCAGAGCACCCCAUGACCAGGUGCCUCACUGAAUCCUAGUCUGAGAAGGGAGGAGGAAAGCAAGAGUGCUGCCUGGAGUAGCUCAAGUCCCAGCCAGGUCAGGCACUUAGUGGCGGGGUGGGGGUGGGGUGUUCUUUUUUUCUUACUUUUGGAGUGGAAGUGAUGCUCAAGUCCCUUAGGGAACUAAAAGAUCCAUUGGGUCUACCAGAUCCUAGAAAAGGCUGGUGGUCAGACCAAGCCCUAGUUGUGCUGAGGGGAAAGGCAUGAUUGCCAGCGUAGGUCCGUUCUUCCUCCAUCGUGACUGUGGCUUGCCCCCGUAGCCGCGGUUGUGCUGCUCUUUGGCUGCAAAGAUCUCUUGAUCAAAAUGUGAGCUCAUUCGCCUUCCUACAGACAUAAAAGCAACCUUGCUGCUUUCGCGUUUUCCCUCCAGGCCAAACCAUGUGUGGUAGGUAGCUUUCCUCAUGUUAGCAUCAGGCCACAUCUGCUCUGUCCCAAAGGCAUUUCCCUUCCCUCUAGUCAGGACUUGCUCACUGUACACGGUACUUUUCCAUUAGUAUUGUGUAAAUCCAGCUGUACAACUGACUGGUGGGUUAAUGUAACAUCACUGUUGCCCAGACACCCAUCCUCUCCUGUAUCCUCCCAUCAUCCUUAUUCUUCCCACAUCUUGCACAAGAUGAGGUUUAUGGUCAUUCGGCAAUAACUGGACAUCAACUGCUGUCUUUUUGGCAUUUGUCGAAAAAUCCAAAUGCCUGAUCACAGGGGGUUUAAAGAAAAAAAAAACUAAACAUUUUUACAAGUACACUGAAUUGGAUCAGCAUUAUUGUUCAUUAUAAUGCUAUAUAUUUUUUUGAAGUAACAUACUAUAGUUGUCAUAAAACUAUCUUUAUUCUUCUCCUCUGAAGUGUUGUUGUAAAUUCGCUUGACCUUUACUGCAAGCAAAAAAAAAAAUCUUUUCUAUAUAGAGUAUCAAGACAAGGCUCAGUUUGUAACAAAUAGUGGACCAUUACAAAAGAGGAAACGGAAAAAGCCAGGCUGAGCAGCGAGAAGCUUCAGUUCAAUUUCACCUCAUAUCUUUCUAAUAACUUACUUGUCACUUUAUUACCUUCCAGUAAUGUGAACGCUGCUGACAAGACUGUCACACUAACAGCAGACAACACCCUGUCUGCUUCAGCCCCAGCUCUCCUGGCUACUUAUUGCCCUGGCCCUGAAGGGACACAAACUAAUAGUGUGCUUUCCAGUUCAGCACUUGGCCAUCAAAUAUAAAAGGAUGCGUAAUUGCCUGUUUAUCCCUUGUGAAGGGGAAAUUGAGUACAAGGGCUAGGCUUUCCCACUGAGUUCCCCGAUGCACACACAUCCACAGUCAGUCUCUCCCUCCCUCCCUUCACCUCCUCCCAGCAUACGAGCACGCACACACACCCACUAAACUGUAUCUCUGGUAAGCCCACAGCUGCCUUGCGGUGCCCUCUCCAGCUAUUAAAUGCACAGUAACAAGACUACUUCUUAAAUAAAGGGUCAGUAGAGAAAUUCUGGCUUUGACAGCAUCCUCUGGGUCUUUGGAAACUUAAGUAUUGCAAUUCUAAGCCCAUGUAUUUUGGGAGUAUUGGGUAUGGCCCCAUAAUUAGAACAAAUUUUCUACAAGUCAGUGGCAAAAGUGGGAUUAGAUUGCCCCAUGUUCUGUAAAUAAAGAACUAAGAUGUUUUUCCUCUCCUUCAAAAAGUGCACGUGCUGUAAACAGAUUGGUUGUGCUUGGUGGUUUGAAAAAAAAAUUUUUUAGCUUUGGCCUCCAACCAGUAGUCUAGAUGUACACAGGUUUCUUGCUGUGACAACCUCCAAAUCCAUAGUGUAACAAGACAGAUUUACCUUUAAUUGGACUGACAAUCUGAAAAAAAAAUAAUAAGGCACAGGGACUUUGAGUUUAAUCACUAAAACAGGGACUAUCCUAUGUGUAGAAAGUAAAUUCUCCACUUUGGGAGAAUUUGGGUAAUUAUAAGCACAUGAGCUUUACAAAAUCAAGUAUGAGGGGACAAACGGUGCAAAGAAAAAUCAUGUGAAAAUGUGAUCUUCCCAAACAUCUUGAGCCCAAAUAACAUAUAUAUAAGUAUUGGCUGCUAUUUUUGUACACUGAACUACUUAAAGGAUCAUAACGGUGGCUAGUUAGUGGCUAAAUGAAGUAUAAGAUCUCAGUGUGCCUCUUCCUUGGGGAAUUAGGGGACACCCUGCUUCUUUCCAAACCCUCCUGCAGCGGGUCUGAUACAUGCUGUUGAUCCCACCCCCUCACCCCCACUGACUUUAAACAGUCACAUUUUAGAUCUAUGUCAAAAAAUAAGACACAUGGAGGUGUCAUCUUUGAUGCAAACUUUUGGAAAGAGAAAAGUGGCAGAUAAGAGAGACAAAGAUCUACGUAGACAAACCCGUGCUAAAAUAAUUGUACUAAGCAAUGUGCGGACUGGGCAGAAAAGCACUUUGAGUAACGAUUCUUGCGGUCAGGGAAAAAGCAGUUGAUGUUUUUUUAAGUUCUCCCGGUAUGUAUAUAUUACAAUCAUUUAGCAAACAUCUUAAGAGAAUCUUAAUUAAAAAUUCAGUUGCCAAAAUUGCACAGAUUAUUCAAUAUUAACUGUACCCCCACCCCCUGCACUUAGCAGGGAUGCUUAAGGACAGUUUUAAUUGUUUUAGCAUAUUUUUAACUUCCUUUUUCUAAGAUUCUUUGAAGGAAAGGAAGAAUGGAAAAAGGUAUUUUAACAAAAAUGGAAAGAAAUAGUAUAAAACUAUAUUUCUUAAAGUAUGCAAGAGCUAUACCAAGACUUUAUAAGGCUUCCUGUUGCCAAACGCGAUGCUGAAAUAAUGCACAAGAAGGCACAUCAAUCCAGUACCAACCGGCUCUGCCCACUGCUGUUACAAAGUGCAGGACUGAGAGGCGGCCCCAGGGGUGAAGGGGCCUAACUGGGUCAGACAGCUCCACUCCUCUGGCCCUGGAAUUGUUUUCCACAACAAGGGGAGAAAAGACCAGCCCUCUUGGUAGACCUACCCCAAGGUGAGCUGACCUGGCCCUGUUUCCGCAGGAGCCGCGUGACCCGCCCUUCCCACUCCAGGAGACAGAGCACCCUGGCCUGCCUGUGAAUCAGUGCCGUGGCCAAACGACAGUGAUUCAUGCGGCAUGAUGCUCUUGAUUCCCAGACAACGUGCUCAGCUAACAGGCUCACUUGAGAUGUAUAAACCAAGUUGACUGUUUGUUUUCAUCUAGUACUCAAUUUGGAGUGUUUUUGCAUGUCUUUGUACAGAUCCACUCCUCUCGUUGCCCAUCUUAAUCUCCCCUGACUUCUCCAUUAUCUUUCCACUACUGCCCUUUCUUCUUCUUCUGAUCUCACCCACCCCUCUUCAAAGAAAAUCUUUUCUGAAGCAAGAAGGUAGAACACUCCCUCCUUCAUCUGGAUUUUGAUCGCUCUGGAAACGUUUGUGUGUUCCACCCUGUCUGGGGUUUACAUAACGUGAAUUAAGUGAAUGAGAUGUUCUAGCAUUAUAUAUUAACCUGAUAUGACUAAGAUUUAUAAUAUAUGGUGCUCUCCCUUUCCUGAGCAAACUUUGGUUCUGCUGCCCUGCAGAAAAGUCUCCACCAUUUUCCUACCAAUGCCAGUAUGAACAGGGCAGGAGAGCUAAACAUGGGUACCCAGAGGUCAGAGGGGUGAGGGAGGUGGAGAAACCAGGAGAAGAUGUGAGUCUGAGGCCUCCCUGGGCCUUUCCUCAAAGGUGGAGGUGAGUCAAUACUUCAGGAAAGCAAGCUCUCGGAUCUCAAAUGCUCUUCAUUGACUAAGCCUUUUAGAACUAGCAAGAUUCCCUCACCUGGUUGAGAGAACACAUAACUUUCUUACUCACCCCAAACUCAAUGGUGUGUCUUGCUAACAAAAACACUGGACACAACCCUCCUAUUUGACAGCAAAAUCGGCCAAAGGGAACUGAAAUAAUCUUAAGGAAAAGGAAUGUUCCCUAAGAUAGGUCCUCUUCCCCACCCCCUCCCCUGGAGUUUGUUGGGGGGGAGGGGCUGUGCUUUUUGUUGUUUCUGUCCUCCUCUGCAUCAAACCAGCCUCUUCUGCCCAGCCUGUCACAGAACCAAAGUCUGCACUACGAAAGGGGUCAGCACCCAGGGACGGGCACAGCUUACAUCACCCUGAUCUGAUCAUUGUGACGUCGGUAGCUUCAUAAAUACUGUAUGUACCUUGAACAAGGGUUUUGUCUUUGUUUUGUUUUUGUUUUUUCUUAGUAGUUUAAGGGAAUUAAAAGUUUUUAUUUGCCGUUUCCUUUGUUGUAUUUUCUGUACUAUAACUGUCUACAGUAUGUCUUUUUGCAUAAAAUGCAUAAGGGUUUGGGGAUGUAAAUGGAAUUUUAUUCAUAUUUUGUCCAAAUACCUCUUGUAAUUUGUAUCAAAAUUCUUGUACAAUUUUUAUAUUAAAGAUUUAUCAGUCACUGA